UGUCAUGUAUCACUUGUCUCAACCACCUUCUUAACUAUUUUCCUGAGGAUGUAUGUGAUUAGCAGGAAUUAAUAGUUUAAUGUGGAGAUAAAAAUAGGGAUAGUCAGUUUAAACUGCUGAGUCAAUGAGAUGUUUCGGUUUUUACUGUUUGUCUUCUCGUCAACGUGGCAACAAUACCACUUUUAAUAACUCAUUACAUAGUUUAGAACAGAGUCACACAGCUGAUAAUGCCACCAGGUCAUCAACACCUGGAUGGUGAGGUGUUUAGUUUAAGGUGAUGAUUAAGACCCAUGACUUGGAUGAACAUAUAAACGAGACUAGAGUAUAUAGUAAUAUAUUCCAUGGAAGAGAGGCUAUAUUAGUGAUGAUUUACAUAGAUUAGGAUCCAGAUAGUUUAACUUUUUAAGUCAAACUAAUUGAAUAGAAAAUGUGACCCUACAAACAUUAAGCAUAUGUUAAAUGAUCCAUCUAAUCAAAACUUAUGCAAUCGUUCUUGUUUCUUUCCUAAUAAUCAUAUUUUAUAUAUCAAUGAGAUGAAUGUAAUGAAAAGAAUCUCAGGUUUUUUUUUUUUUUAACACCAGAAUCUCAGGUUCUUACAAAGAUAUUACUUUUAACAGCUUUGAUCGAGCCAGGUCUGGUCAAUGUGGGACACCCAUGUGGUCGUACAUUUUGUCGUCUUUGGUUCAACUUGUGCCGUGUAGGCUAGGCCCAUCGAUUAUACUUCCGCAUCUCUCGAUCAACUCUCUAGAGUCUAAUUCCAUCAUGUCUCCAAUCAUGCCUUAGAUGGUGGUUAGGACAUAAAUAUUAACGAAAAGAUCCACUUUUAACGAGCUUGCAUUGAUGGGUUAAAUACCCACGUGCUCUUAUUGAUUGGUUGCUCUACUGAAAAUGUGAGCCUACAAACAAUAAACCUCAAGUUUCAUGAUCUAUCUAACUCAACUCCAUUAGGUUAUUCAUGCGAUCAUUCUCCUUGCACUAUCCUACUAUAUACGUACAACUUAUAAAUGAGUCUCACCUUUUCAAACAUUUUCAAAACUAGAAAAGAAGUUACUAAAAUGAAUAACUCACACGUUCUUAAAACAGUCAUAUUGAUUAUGGUUUUGGUCGAUUCAGGCCUGGUCGAAGAGGCUACCGCACACCCAUGUGGUCGAACAUUUUUGUCGGCUUUGAUUCAACUCGUGCCGUGUAGACCAUCAGUCGCGCCGUUUAGCACAUUGUCUCCGAACGGGCUAUGUUGCGCUGCCAUCAAGAGGCUUGGUCAACCUUGUCUAUGUGCUCUUUCCAAGGGACCACCUAUAUCUGGCGUUGACCGCGCUCUCUCUCUCCAGUUACCUGGAAAAUGUUCUGCUAAUUUUCCUCCGUGUAACUAAUUUUCUACCUUUUAUUAUAAAUUUUUUGUAAUGCGUUUACUUGAAAAUCACGAUUUGCUUCGGUUUUUAAUUAGACUUAACUAAGAAGCUUUUCAGACAGAUAUCACGCUUGCAUGUGUAGAAGUAGAAGUCGCAUGUUUGCAACUUUAAAAGUUAGUGCAAGACGACUGAAAAGACUGAUCACUGCAAAUAAAUAUUUUUUUCUUAAGCU